AUGUCAGGUUUAACAAAAGCUUAUGUUGAUAAAAAAAUACAAGCUCGACGUAUUAUGAUGUUUGCUAAAGCAAAUGAUCCAGAUUCCGAUAAAGCUAAACAAAUACUUGAACAAUAUUCAUUAUCAAAAAAUAUAUAUGAAGUUGUUGAUAUUGAAAAACGACAAGAUUGUAUACAAUUAGAAAAUUAUUUUCAAUAUAUUUGUUAUACUGAUCGUCGACAUAGUCCAUAUAUAUUUAUUGAUCAACUUUAUUUUGGCUCUUUAUUUGAAUUGAAUAUUUGCCACAAAGAUGGCACAUUAAAAAAACUUGUAUCUUAA